UCCUUUCAGACCCCCUCCCUUCUUGCUCGUCUCGCCGCGUCAUAGUUGUACCUCGCGCCCGCCGCCAAGUCCGCACCAAGUGUACAAAACUGGACCACAGAGAACCAGAGAAAACACUCCAAUAAGCACGGCGCGUUACCGAGAACAGAAAACUACCAAGGGAAGGGGGAGUGGAGAAUUCGGAGGGCGAACGACCGGUGGGAAUACCCAACAAAUACCGAGCUGACGAUGAGUCGCAGCAUCGUACGACAGAGUAAGUUCCGGCACGUCUUCGGACAGGCAGGGAAGACGGAGCAGGGCUAUGAUGACAUACGCGUUUCCAAGGUGACGUGGGACAGCUCGUUCUGUGCCGUCAACCCAAAGUUCCUGGCCGUCAUUGUGGAGUCCAGUGGGGGCGGAGCCUUCCUCGUCCUGCCCCUCUCCAAGAUGGGUCGUCUGGAUAAGAACCACCCGUUGGUGACUGGCCAUACUGGGCCUGUCCUGGACAUCGACUGGUGCCCUCACAACGACAACAUCCUGGCAUCCUGCUCAGAAGACACCACAGCCAUGGUGUGGCAGAUCCCUGACCAGAUGGGGACCCGGCCCAUAUCAGAGCCCAUCGUGGUCCUGGAGGGACACUCCAAACGCGUCGGCAUUGUCACCUGGCACCCCACCGCACGCAACAUACUACUCACUGCAGGCAGUGAUAACCUGAUAAUAAUCUGGAACGUGGGAACUGGCGAGGCGCUCAUCUCCAUGGACGACCACCCAGACCUCAUCUACAACGUCAGCUGGAACCGUAACGGCAGCCUGUUCUGCACCACCUGUAAAGACCGACGCCUCCGUGUAUGUGACCCCCGCAAGAGAGAGGUGGUCGCGGAGAGGAUGGCUCCACACGACGGGAUCCGACCGAUGAGGGCAAUCUUUACCAGAGACGGAAACCUGUUCACUACCGGCUUCACCAGGAUGAGUCAGAGAGAGCUGGGCUUGUGGGACCCGACAAGUUUUGAGGAGCCUAUUGCACUACUGGAGUUGGACACAAGUAACGGUGUGUUGUUACCUUACUACGACCCAGACACCAACAUGGUUUACCUCUGUGGAAAGGGGGACAGUAGUAUCCGGUACUUUGAGAUAACAGAGGAGCCUCCCUAUGUCCACUACCUCAGUACCUUCAGCAGCAAGGAGCCUCAGAGGGGGAUGGGCUUCAUGCCUAAGAGAGGGGUGGACGUCAGCAAGUGUGAGAUCGCCAGGUUAUAUAAGCUUCAUGACAAGAAGUGUGAGCCCAUCGCCAUGACAGUACCUAGAAAGUCAGACCUGUUUCAGGAUGACCUGUAUCCAGACACGGCGGGUUCAGACCCGGCUCUGGAGCCAGAGGAGUGGCUGGAGGGGCGAGACGAGGACCCCACCCUCCAGUCCUUGAGAGAUGGCUACGUUCCCCCUAAGAGCCGCGAGCUCAAAGUGGCCAAGAAGAACGUUCUGGACUCCAGACCCACCACCAGACGCAGCAUGUCCUCCUGCGACGGCUCAGCCAACCUGCCUCCUCAGUUGGUAGAGCGGUUGUUGGAAGAAGUUCAGAAUCUCAAGGCAACAGUUCUGUCUCAGGAGAAGAGAAUCUGUGACCUUGAGAAUAAACUGUCCAAGUACACCAACGGCACAGCCUAAUACACACACAUCCUUCACACACACACACACAUACACCACGACAACACUCUGUAACAGCCCACACACACAAUUCCACUAUCCACUAUCCACAUACAUCGCCACACCCCUACACAAUAGCCUUACUGCCUUACAUACACAGCCAGGCCAACAUUCAAUCAAAGCUGUUAGCAACAAGCACAUUGCACUUGACUUUUAAAGGUAAUUUACGAUUGAGCUGAAAUCCGCGGGUGUAUACCAUGAAUGUGAUCUCCGUGAACAACUGUGAAAUUGUCUUUUAAAAGGUGCAUUGUCGUUUGUGUAGUUCGCAGCUCUGCAACCUGCCUUUGAAUAAAUUCCACGCUAGCAACCCCACUAACCCCUAACUUCAAACACAUAUAACCCCCACCCCCCUA